AUGGGACGGAGAUCUACAUCAUCCACCAAGAGUGGAAAAUUUAUGAACCCUACAGACCAAGCCCGAAAAGAAGCCCGGAAAAGAGAGUUAAAGAAGAACAAAAAACAGCGCAUGAUGGUACGAGCUGCAGUUUUAAAGAUGAAAGAUCCCAAACAGAUUAUCCGGGACAUGGAGAAAUUGGAUGAAAUGGAGUUUAACCCAGUGCAGCAACCACAGCUAAAUGAGAAGGUGCUGAAAGACAAGCGUAAAAAGCUGCGUGAAACCUUUGAACGUAUUCUACGACUCUAUGAAAAAGAAAAUCCGGAUAUUUACAAAGAAUUGAGAAAGCUAGAAGUAGAAUAUGAACAGAAGAGAGCUCAACUUAGCCAAUAUUUUGAUGCUGUCAAGAAUGCUCAGCAUGUGGAAGUGGAGAGUAUUCCUUUGCCAGACAUGCCGCAUGCUCCUUCCAACAUUCUGAUCCAGGACAUUCCACUUCCUGGUGCCCAGCCACCCUCCAUCCUUAAAAAGACCUCAGCCUAUGGACCUCCAACGCGGGCAGUUUCUAUACUUCCCCUUCUUGGACACGGUGUUCCACGUCUGCCCCCUGGCAGAAAACCUCCCGGUCCUCCCCCGGGUCCGGCACCUCCUCAAGUCUUACAGAUGUACGGCCGUAAAGUGGGCUUUGCCCUAGAUCUUCCCCCUCGUAGGCGGGAUGAAGACAUGUUAUAUAGUCCUGAACUUGCUCAGCGGGGCCAUGAUGAUGAUGUUUCCAGCACCAGUGAAGAUGACGGGUAUCCUGAGGACAUGGAUCAAGAUAAGCAUGAUGACAGUACUGAUGACAGUGACACUGACCGAUCAGAUGGGGAAAGUGAAGGGGAUGAAUUUGUGCACCGUGAUGAUAAUGACAGAGACAACAAUGAGGAGAAAAAGUCAGGUCUGAGUGUAAGAUUUGCAGAUAUGCCUGGAAAAUCAAGGAAGAAAAAGAAGAACAUGAAAGAGCUGACUCCUCUUCAAGCCAUGAUGCUUCGAAUGGCAGGUCAAGAAAUCCCAGAGGAGGGACGAGAAGUAGAAGAAUUUUCAGAGGAUGAUGAUGAUGAUGAUUCUGAUGAUUCUGAAGCGGAGAAGCAAUCACAAAAACAGCAUAAAGAGGAAUCUCUUUCUGAUGGCACAUCUGCUGCCUCUUCCCAGCAGCAAGUUCCCCCACAGUCUGUUCCUCCUCAGAUACAAGCACCUCCCAUGCCAGGACCACCUCCUCUUGGACCACCACCUGCUCCACCUUUACGGCCACCUGGACCACCUACUGGCCUUCCUCCUGGACCACCUCCAGGAGCUCCUCCGUUCCUGAGACCGCCUGGAAUGCCAGGACUGCGAGGGCCUUUACCCCGACUCUUACCUCCAGGCCCGCCCCCAGGCCGGCCCCCUGGCCCGCCCCCAGGUCCACCUCCAGGCCUGCCUCCCGGCCCGCCUCCGCGGGGACCCCCACCACGGCUACCUCCCCCUGCACCUCCAGGCAUCCCCCCGCCCCGUCCUGGCAUGAUGCGCCCACCUUUGGUGCCUCCACUUGGACCUGCCCCACCUGGGCUUUUCCCACCAGCUCCCCUGCCGAACCCGGGGGUUUUAAGCGCUCCCCCCAACUUGAUCCAGCGACCCAAGGCGGAUGAUACAAGCGCAGCCACCAUCGAGAAGAAAGCCACAGCAACCAUCAGUGCCAAGCCACAGAUCACCAAUCCCAAGGCGGAGAUCACUCGAUUCGUGCCCACCGCGCUGCGGGUGCGUCGGGAGAACAAAGGGGCUGCUGCUGCUCCCCAAAGGAAGGCCGAGGAUGACUCUGCUGUGCCUCUUGCCAAAGCGGCCCCCAAGUCUGGUCCAUCUGUCCCCGUCUCAGUGCAAACGAAGGAUGAUGUUUAUGAAGCUUUCAUGAAGGAGAUGGAAGGGCUCCUGUGACAGCUCUUACUACCAGAGCAGGUUUCUGCUCGCGUGAGUGGUUUGUGGGGAAAGAGGCUCUUCCUAAACUUAGUGAAAGAGCUGCUUUCACUGUCAGGGUAUUUUUAAAUUUCAGUUCAAGGAAUAUCCUAAAAGUUAGCCUUGUUCAGAAUUUAUUGCGUAUAAGGAGUUAUUUCAUUCAGAACAGAUUGGUUAUUGAAGCCGUGCUGCUACAUCCAUUCCCUUCAUGCCACCAUUUUCGUCCCGUCUGUUCUGCUUCUCCAGGUCUUUGGAAACGUGAUCGGGGGAUCUUUGUUACUUGUUUCGAUUCUCUUCUUGUGUGCUGUGGGCACUGGAGUAGAGAUUUCUGGAAAAAAACAACAGUUUAUUUUACCCCAUCUUGCCUUUUGUGUUUGAGUUAAUAUUUUCUUGUAAAUAUUUUGUAAUAUUUUAGUGAAAUGGAUCGCAGUGUCAUUUCCUAAUACAAAAGCAAGAUACGUGGGAAGAAAUUGUACAAUUCUUGGAUUCAGAUUAUUUCCCACUGACCUGAACUUCAAGUGUUUCAUGGAAUAAAUAAAUAAAUGUUCUACACCAAGUCA